AUGCUCACUCAAUCGUCAAGAGUACUCCUCGCCAGAUCGGCAAGACAAGCUACUGUCUUCCCUGUUGCCAGGGCUGCAGCUUCUUCGUGGGCAAAUGUUCCUGCUGGACCUCCUGAUCCUAUUCUUGGUGUCACUGAGAAAUUCAAGGCUGACAAGUCACCCAAGAAGAUCAACCUCGGUGUUGGUGCUUACAGAGAUGGUCAAGGAAAACCUUACGUCCUUCCUACUGUCAAGAAAGCCGAAAAGAUCCUUUCUGAUGCUAUGCAAGAUAAAGAAUACCUUCCUAUCACUGGUUUAGCCGAUUUCACCAAACUUGCUGCUGAGCUCGCUUACGGUAAAGACUCCAAACCUAUAGUGGAGAAGAGACUCGCUAUCACUCAAUCCAUCUCUGGUACCGGCGCUCUUCGAAUUGGUACUGCUUUCCUUGCCAGACAUUACCCAGGUGCCAAAACCAUCUACUUGCCCACUCCUACUUGGGGAAACCAUAUUCCUAUCUCCAAAGAUUCCGGACUUGAAGUUAAGCAAUACAAAUACUUCGAUAAAUCAACAGUCGGACUUGACUUUGAGGGAAUGAAAGCUGAUAUCAAAGCUGCCCCUGAAGGUUCCAUUGUCCUCCUCCAUGCCUGUGCUCAUAACCCCACUGGUGUUGACCCUACCGAAGCUCAAUGGAAGGAACUCUCUGAUAUUGUCAAGGAGAAGAAACACUUUGCAUUCUUCGACAUGGCUUAUCAAGGAUUCGCUUCUGGAGACACACUUAAGGAUGCUUUCGCCGUCAGGUACUUUGUUGAACAAGGUCACCAAAUUCUUCUUUGUCAAUCUUUCGCCAAGAACAUGGGUCUUUACGGUGAACGAGUUGGAGCUAUCUCCUUCGUUUGUGAAUCACCAGAGGAGAAAGCUAGAGUAGACUCUCAAUUGAAGAUUCUCAUUAGACCUUUGUACUCUAACCCUCCCGUUCACGGUGCUCGACUCGUUAGCACCAUCCUUUCUUCCCCUGAACUCACCGAAGAAUGGCUUGUCGAAGUCAAGGGAAUGGCCGACCGAAUUAUCGAGAUGAGAGAAAGACUAUACAACAAACUUGUAGAAUUGAAAACUCCCGGAGAAUGGGGUCACAUCAAAUCACAAAUUGGAAUGUUCUCUUUCACUGGACUAAAGCCUGAACAAGUUGAUGCUUUGGCUGAAAAAGCUUCCAUCUACCUUACAAGGGACGGUCGAAUCUCAAUGGCUGGUUUGAACGGAAAUAACGUAGAAUACUUUGCCGAGUCUGUUUCGAAGGCAGUCAAGGGUGAACUUUAA